AUGGCCGAAAAAAUUUCCGACAAAAUCAAAAACUUUUUCCAAAAAAAGAAAGCAGACGCCAAAUUUAAACGGUUGGGCCCAGGUCACAAACUAACCGAAACCUCCUCAACAACAGUGGUUGCCCCUCAAAAAAAGUCAACCUAUGUGCCUCCUCAAAGAGCGACUCCUUCAAGUGUAAACAGGCAAGCCGCAGAAGCUGCCUUGGCCAGGAUAUCCGGUCAGAAAAAAGACACUGCCUUUAAUACUUCGUUGGCAGCUAUUCAGGCGCAAGUACGUCGAGAAUUGGAAGCUGAAAAGAAAAAUAAUGCUGCUGCAACUGCUAGUGAGCCUGGACCUAAACUUACAGAGUUGGAGGCUUCACCUCAUUUAGCAGUGACAGGUGUUUAUUUUAAAUGUCCUCUGAUAAGCGACGAGAUAUUAUCCAAAGACGAAUGGAAAGUCAAAAUUAAAGAAUUUCUUUUUGCAGCCUUGGAAGAGGAACGUGGCAUAACUGCUUGUCUUAUUUUGUAUUCUUGCAACUAUAAUAGAUCAAAAGUUCAGGAGUGUGCAAAUAUUUUAUGCCGGUACAUAGACAACAUCCUAGGUAAUCCCACUGAAACGAAAUUCCACAAAAUCCGUUGCUCCAAUCAAACAUUUUCGGAAAAAGUUCUACCCUUGUUGGGGGCAAUUGAAUUUUUAUCCGCCGCGGGCUUUAGACAGCAAAAAUUGGAACACAAUGGAGUUGAGGAAGAUUUUUGGGUUUGGUCCGAGGAGAAUGUUGAAGGAAUCGAGACUUUGGAGUUUUUGAGAGAUGCGCUGAAAUCUGAAAAUAGAGUUGAAUUGGAGCUGGAUAGAAACAUGCAAAUUCUUUCUCCGGCACAGGCUUCAGCUAAACUCGACUUGCCACAAGAUUUUUAUGCAAUAUCUCCGGAAGAAAUUAAAAAAGAACAACAAUAUAGAUCUGAAAUGGCUGAAAAACAAUUACAAUUACGAACAAAGGCCAUGAGAGAAAAAGAAGAAUUGAGGGAAAUUAGGAAAUAUAAAUAUUCCCUUAUACGAAUUAGAUUUCCUGAUGGUUUAUAUUUGCAAGGUACUUUCUCAGUCUAUGAAAAACUAGCAGAAGUCCUAGAUUUUGUCCGAGACCACCUGGAACAUGAAGGCCUACCGUUCAUUCUCAGCUCCCCAACGGGGCUCAAACUAGAAGAAAAAGAUUUCGACUCGACUCUAGCAGAUCUCAGACUAGUUCCAGCCACUAUCCUUAUUUUCCAGUGGGAUCCUGCUUUUGACGAAGAAAUUAAAGCCUCUGGAAGCAACACGUUUCUUAAGCCCGAAGUUAUGAUGUUAAUGCAACAACUUUGA